AUGAAAGUUUCAGUUGAGGAAGUGAGCACACAGAAAAAGUUUUCGGAAGUGAUAAACAAAUCUAAUUUAACGGUGGUUGAUUUCUUUGCAACCUGGUGUGGACCAUGUAUGCAAGCUAAACCACUUUUCGAAUCCUUAGCUGCAAAAUACCCAUCAUCCAACUUUAUUGCUGUCAAUGUAGAUAAUUCUAGUGACAUUUCUUCAGAAUAUGGAGUAUCAUCACUUCCAACCUUUAUGUUUUUCAAGAAAGGAGCAAAGCUUGGCCAAGUCGUUGGAGCAGAUAUGAAUAAGGUCGAAGAAAUGAUUAAAAAACAUGGAAUUGCUAGCAGUGGAGGAUUCCCGACGGGUGGUAGAGUUUUGGGCUCUUCUUCUAGCUCACCAACCACAUAUCCAAAUCUAAUCACAGGUGGAGGAUCCUCAAGUUGGGAGAUUUUUAAUCCGUUAAUCAGAAAAGCCAAUACUAUUCCUGUAGAACAACGACCUGUUUACUUUUUGGCUGGUGUCGUGUGUGUGUACAUGGUGUUGAGGUUCGUGUUAAAUAUUCUGUUCAAAUAG